UUGCAGUCCCUUAGAGUUCAAGUCUUCUCAUAUUCAUCUGCAAAAACAACACAAACUUCCUUAGUCCUUAGGUAAAAGUAAGGGAAACCAAGAUGGGAGGGUACAAAAGGCAGAGGAAGUCAUCUUCUUUUUCCAUUCUCAACAUUUUCAAGUCCUGCUGUUCUCGGGGAGGAGAUGAUAUAAGUGAGGAAGGGAUUUAUGUGAGGAGAAUAUAUCCCAGUGAUGAAGAUGGGAGGCGCUGGAUCGCCGAGCCAGGUAUUGAUCGCAGAGCUUCAGCCUUCAUUGAUAGAUUCAAAAGGAGUGUUUCUGAAUCUGACUGACAAACUUUUGCUGUGUAACCAGUUUCUCAUUAUUUUGUUCUUUACCUUUCUUUCUCCGCCCUGUUAAUUUCUUCUUUCUACUUUCCUUUCAAGUCUACCUAAUUAUUAAAUGUUUCAAUUUGUA